ACAUUUGCUUGUAGUGGAUGUUUAUUCUUUUCAAGAUGUCUAUUGGGAACAAACACUUCUUUUCAAUUUUUAUCCGUUGAAAACUCUUCCAAAAAUCAUUUGGUUUGAUUUGAAUUUCAAUUCACGUAUUUCUUUACUUUUCAAAGUUAUUCACUCUCUUCAGAAACUUAUCUGAAUUUUAUCUCUUAUUCUGGCAUAAAUGGUUCGAACCAGAUAAAUGUGAUUCAAACCAAAAUCGUAAAUUUCCGGAUUCUGGUUUUACGUAAAUAAUUCGAAUCAUAUAAUUAUGGUUCAAACCAAAGUUACACUUUCUCAAAUGCAUUCUGUGCAAUUGCUUCGAACCAACUUUUUAUGAUUCGAACCCAAAUCCUGGAAAUAUUUUGAAAAUUCUUCAACUUUGAUAAGGCUCUACAACAAGGGCACGAGACUAAAGAGGUCAUGGAUUGGAUGCGUAUACUGGAGUCUCCGAAGUUCAUUCAUUCUGCCUACAUGAAAAAAAUUUUAUCCGAAGGCAAGAAGUGUUGCUUCGAGUGGUGUAAUCUCAAGUCUCAUUACCUACUCAGCAUGGGAGCUGAUGAGUAUGCCCAAGACGUUGUUGAACUGCUGAAAAAGAUUAGGAGAAGACAUGAAGAGGCUCUCGCAAAGACAGGACAGAAAGUGGCUGCAGCAGCUGUUAAAGAUUUCAUGCAUUUUCACUCUAUAAGCAAUGUUUGGGAGGAGAUCACGGUGGCACUGCAUAGUCCAAGAUUCAGCAACAUUGGAGUGCACGGUGAGGCUGGUAUGGGGAAAACGAUGCUGAACUGAACUUUUCCAUUGAACAAAUCUGCUUUUUACAA